AUGACUAUCACCCACAUUGUCCUCCUUCAAUUCAAGGAAGACGUGAAAGCAGACGAUGUCAAAACGGUCUGCCAACAGUUCAGUUCGCUGAAGGAUAACUGCAUUCAUCCAACGACGCAGACUCCUUAUAUCCUCUCAGUGAAGGGCGGCAAAGACCACUCUUCGGAGGGUCUUCAGAGCGGAAUCACCCAUGGGUUUGUUGUCGAGUUUGCCUCUACUGCGGACAGAGACUACUACAUCAAAACCGACCCGGUUCACCUGGCCUUUGCGAAAUCAAUUGGAGCUUUCGUCACGAAAGUCAUUGUUGUAGACUUCACUGGCGAAGAGUAUUGA